CGGUUCCGAGCUGUCCAAACGAUCGCCGCAGAUGACCACGUUCUGCAAGACGUCCGGUUAUGUUUUUUUCGCCGGCUCACACGCACGUUACACACCACACGUCGUAGUCGUCGUCGCAGUCGUUUAACAUAGCGUUCAGUUGCUCGUUUACCGUUGUCGCGUCCGUUGCGCCCCUCGUGGUCACUGUGAAAUUUACCUGAUUGUCCAUUGGUAUAUAUAUUUAAAAAAAAAUAUAUCAUCGUAUACAGUAAUGAACGGCGUUGUUGUAUUUUAAAAAAAAACAGUUCAAUUUUUAUUUUUUAUUUGGGCGUCCGGUUUAGUGCCGAUCAGUACACAAGACCUACGACGAAAAUCCAAAAAAAAAAAAUUAAACAGAUCGCCAAGGAUACUUUACUCCAAUCCCGAGCCACACAAUCUCUAUCUCGGAAUGGUUUCGACCCGACUGACAGCCAUGGCUAUCGUAGCCUGGUGCUGUACAAUGACCGCCUCGGAACAAUACUGGAAGUGGCACAAACCUUACACGUGGAACAGUUCGCCAAAAUUGAAUUUACCUACGCACGCGGCCGUCUACGGUAAACCACUGCCGAGGCCAUACAUGUCUGCUCAUGAAAAACCACGAGACCGUUGUGAACUGCGCAAGGUGGUCUUCACCCAAGAUGCUGAAUCGCCGCAGUACAUCGUCUACAAGACCAAAAUACCAGAUUUGAAAGAAUUCACACUGUGCCACUGGCAUAAUAUUUUUAAUUACACGCACGAUCAACCCAUAUUCUCGUACUCACAUUCCGGUAAAUCCCGUGUUAUAUAUUCGUGGAUUGAGAACAAGCCCGACAAGACAUAUUACUCGUUGGCCAUCAAUGGACACACCAUUUACAGAAUUAAUUACCCGGAGAAGUUGUUCAAAUGGUAUCAUGUGUGUCAGUCGUGGAACGGUCACACGGGCGAAUGGCAACUGUGGAUCAAUUCCGAAAGAGUGGGCAGAGGAUUUUACAACUUAAUGGCUGGUAAAAAGAUUAAAGGUGGCGGCGUGGCCAUUAGUGGACGGGAGUAUCUGGAACAAGCGUUGGCCGUCCAUUACCCGGCGUACUCGGGAGAACUGACGUUGGUGUCACUGUACAAGGCGGCGCUGACAGCGGGCAAGGCGUACAACGACCACAAGCACCAUCACGUGCACAACUUCCAUCACGGGUACGACGAGUCGGUGGACGAGGCCGAGACUGAGGCACCACCUACACUACCCCCCAACCCGGAGGCCACAAGGCCGCCACACUUGGCGCACGGCGGACAGUUCGCCAACGGUCAACGGAUACCCAUGCUACCGGUGCCUACUACCAGCAGUUCGGCACAGCAACAACCGCUGCUCCCUCAACUACCACCACAGCCGCAACUGCCUCUUUUCGACGGCGGUCUGUACGACUUUUACGACGCGCCCGCUGGCGACGAGACGUUCCGUGUCAAUCUGUUGGACAAGCAUGACGACAACCGUCGUAGCAGCACCAUGGUUCGUUACAAGCGUUGGACUCCCCUGUUCCGGCAGCCGAUGGCCGACGUCACUCCCGCCGUCGACGGCCGAAACGCCAGAUCUGGCGGUGAGCUGCACGAUCGGAAGUAUGAACCGGCCGAAUGGGAGGUGUCAAAAGUAGCCAGCGUGUGCUCGGCCUGCGUGACGGAUCCGUUCGGUGCGGCUUCCGUCUUGUCUUGGCACGAGACCCGCAAACAGUUCUACAACGGCGUCCACUAUUUGCCAGCUCUGCCGAAGUGUUAUUUGUUCUGAUGAGAUUCGCGUUCUGGUCAUUGAACCACCGCUACCCAAUCUCGCCACCCAUCUACCGACCCUGCCACCCACCGCCGACGCAAUAUCGCCAUACACUUUAUUAUAGCAUGGUAGUAGGUGGGGGCGUCGACUCGGGGAGAGAUACUGUACAUACUUAUACAUAAUAUAUUAUUAUUAUUUUUAUUA